UACAAUUUCCAAUUUAUUUAACUGCCUAAGCAUUAAGCACCGCAGUCGUCUGUCCGGUGGGUAGCGUAACUGGUGCGUUACAGUUUCGUGUCGGCGAACCGUUGAAUCCAUUUAUUCACUUCGACGCGCAUCGCUGGUCAUUUAGUUGCUGGGAUAGUUGCUUGACAUGAGGCAUCUGAACUCAGUAAAAUGAAUAAACUGGCACGCACAUUUUUUGUUUAAUUUCAGAUUUAUUAGCUGCUUGGGAGGACCUAUUGGGCUGGAGCGAAAAUGCUGCAUCCGCACGUAAAAUGCAAGAGGAGAUGAUCAUUCUCAAGCACGCGCUGAACAAGUUGGGCAACAAGAGUACAUUUGAACUAUUGGAUACAGAACCACAGAUCCAAGUCGCAAUUGAAGCUCUAAAGAGUGAAAAAACGGAGUUGCAAAAUUACCGCACAAAUAUGCUGCGCCUGAAUGCCAGCGUGCACAGUUGGCUAACGCGCCAGGAAAGACGCCUACAGAAUGUAUUAAUGGAGGAGGAAUUGAAAGCAGCUGCUGAAAAAGUGGCCAUUGAGCACGUGGACGAACAAACCAAUUCAUUUGCCGCUGGAGGUGAUGUAACCGGAACGCUUAAAGAAAAUACCACAACUGUGGCAAUCGAUUUUGGCAACGGGGCAGCAAAUAACGCAAUCGUUGGCACCGCCACUAUGACUACUUCCAUUGGCACUAGUACCGCUGGUAAGGGUGUCAAAGUGUUGGAUAUACACACAUUAAUCAAUUCGGAAAAUGAAUUCCACAAACAUUUGAAGAACGAAGUGAGCGACAUGUACAGCGCCUGGGACGAUGCUGACGCAAGGAUAAAUACUCAACUGGAGACGCUAACGAAUUCACUGAUCGCUUGGCGGCAGUUGGAGAAUGGCUUGUAUGAGUUCCAGCAAGCGCUCGGCCAGGAUCGCGGCACAUUAAAGGGACUCGAGGGUGCGUUGGACAAGGGCCAAGCCAGCCCAGUAGAGCUGGCGCAGAAUGUAAAGGUUGUCGCCAAACUACUUUCAGAGCGCGUAAAUGUUAGCCAAGAACAGCUUACUGCGGUACAGGAACAUCUGGAUCCCAACCAUAUCUUGCACAUUGCAAAAUUCACCGCUUCCAACGGCUCGCUUUCAGACUCAGGGAUUUCCGACGGUGGUGCCACUUCUGAUGGCGGGCUAUCGGAGCGUGAGCGUCGACUUGGUGUCUUGCGGCGUCUAGUAAAGCAGUUGGAGUUGGCUUUGGCCCCCGGCAGCGAAGCGAUGAAGUCCAUUGCAGUGCGUAUGGAGUCCGCCGAGGCAGAGCUCAAGAACUUGCAGAACACCUGUCGCGACUUAAUUGUGCGCACAGCAGCUACACAUCAAAAUAAGAAAGUCCAACAGCAGCUACAGCAAGCGGAAGCACAUCAACUUCAAGUACCUGGUGGAGAAGAAAUAGAUAGCAGUGUACGAAAUACUGCCGGUGCAAUAGUAAAGGCGAACGGACAUGCAGGUGGCAGGAGAAGCAGUGCCACGAAAGAGCAGGAAUGUGCUGCUAAAGAAAAUGCGUCUCCCAGAAGAAACGGACGUCGCAAGCAGAAUAAGAAUUCCAACGGAUCCAAUACAGACGCCGACAACAGCAGUGCCUCCACAUCAGCUAACGCAUCGGCUUCGACUUGUAAAGUGGUGGGUACCAAACUGGCUGCUGGUGCGCCAGACUCUGGCGACCCGGCAGACGAUCCAGAUCUUGAGUUCGACAUGGACGAAGCAGACGACAAGGAUGACAAGCAUCCCCAUAAUAGCUGGACUUGGCGCAUUGCCAAAGCAGCUGUGCCUGUGCAACUGGCCUUGAUCACCUUCCUGUGCGCCGCCUGCCUCAUGCAGCCCAAUUGCUGCGACAACCUCAACAACCUGUCAAUGAGUUUCACGCCUCAACUCCGUUAUAUUCGUGGUCCGCCACCAAUUUGAAUUGACUGCUAGCAGCACCUCAAAUGCUUCCGCAUGCGCCGCCAGCAGUGCAGACACACACCGUGGUAACGCAAAGUUCGCGUCAAGCAAAUCAACCACCAGAUAAACUGCAAAUAUGCAGUUAUAAGUAAGAGCUCUACGUUGCGAACGUGUAUCGAAGACGCGCGGUUGCCAAUAUGGUUGCUUUUAGGGGGAGUGUAGGAAUUAAUGUAACUAACUGAUAGCCGAUUAAUAUGUUUGCAUGUCCUAAUACACGCAUCAGAGGCGCAAGUUAAGAACUUAAGGAAUCGCUGAAGCAGAUGCCCGUGGAGCGCAGUAUUUUAACAUAUCAUGGAUAAAAGCCGAAUCAACUUCUCCUUUGGAGUUAAAUUUCGCGCUGUCAACAGAGGUGCAUCGCAUAGUUGUUGAAAGAUAGGCAAACUAAAAGCGAUGACAAAACAUUUAUUUUUAUGGGGAUGGCAUUUUAUUUAUUUAGAUCGUAAAGGUAUUCAUUCGUUAAAUAGAAAAGGAAACUGCAAAAAAUGCAUUGGAUAACGGUACAUUAAAAAAACACAAAAUGUAACCAAUGAUUCGCAAUUACGGGAUUACGGUACAAAAUAGCACCAACACCAAUCACUCUAAGCUAUGUAUUGCGACUGCGAAAAGUAGUGGCACACGCCCGGCAUAAUAAUUAUAUGGACCUUGUGUUCUAUCGAACAUUGGUGAAUGAGUAUACUUAUAGUUGCAAGUACUACCGAUAACAGAAAAUAUCAACAAGGGAUUAGUUGUUGAUGUAGCAAAUACAGGAAUAGGAAUGAAAGUUGUUCGAAUUAUUGCAAUAACGAUUACUACGAAAGAACACACGCAAUUUCCCUAGAGACAAGCUCCGCAAUAUCUUUUGAUACGAAGCAAUGCGACACAAAAGUAUAGCGAGAGAGCCAAAAUGAUAUCUUGUAUUCAGUUGGAUAAUAAAUAAAUCUCUGAAAAUUACAGAUUUGAUAAUAUUUUAUAUAUACAGCAGCGACUUUUUUGUUUCGAAAACACUAAAGUGCCUGGAAAUACAACGCUAACAAAAUGGUUGAAAAAUGUUCAUCCAAUAAAUGUUCCUUAUGAAAUGAUUGAAAUUGACAGCAGAAAGCUAUGAAUGGGACCAUCCGACCAUCUGGCAUGAAAGCUAUAUAACUACAUACAUACAUACAUAAAUAUUUUGAAUUGCCGGUCCGUCGAUGUCGGACAUUUUACUUUGGACGCCCAAUGCCCACAAAUUCAAGCUGUUUUUUUUUUGCAGUAAUCGCUAAAAUUCCUUUUCUAUUAUAUUAAUAGGUGCAGCAACCGAAACUCGUUUUAGGUUAGUAGUUGAUUUGCACUUUUAUAUACAUACAUACAUAUGUGUGUUGGUUACACACAACAUACUGGCAUAUAUGUUAUUUGCAUCGUAAUUGUGUUGAAAGCUCAAUUUUAAAAAAGAGUUAAUUCUAAUUCAAAACAACAAAAAUAACUAAAAAAAGCUUAUUCUUAGUAAUUAUCUUAAAUUUAGUUACUUGAAUUAUGGUUCUAUAGUAAUUGAUAAUUUUCUAUUCAACGUAUACUUACUUACAUAUUCUUAGCGUACAAUAAAUGCUGAAUAAAGCGAACAUUUCGUAAAAGGUUGGCUUCAUUAAAUAAUAGCAUUGCAUAUUUCACAAUAUUUCUGAAGAAUUCUAACGUAUUUAUACUUCUAUGGGCAAAACAAAAAAAAAA